AUGGUCUUCCCAGCUGAAAUUGUCGGUAAGAGAGUUAGAUACUUAGUUGGUGGUAACAAGAUCCAAAAAGUCUUAUUGGACUCCAAGGAUGUUCAACAAAUCGACUACAAGUUGGAAUCUUUCCAAUCUGUUUACAGCAAGUUGACUGGUAAGCAAAUUGUUUUCGAAACCCCAAGUGAAACUCACUAA